UUGGGUUGCAGAAGAGUGCGAGGUUGUGGUGCAGAGUCGUCUCGCGUCAAGAGAUUUUCCCUUCCUUUCUCGGUGGGAUUUUGCUUGACAGGAGUUGACCGUAAAGACCUCCACGUUCUUAUAAGGCUAACUUGUCCUCGGAUAAUCGGCUGGCUUUUGAAGACCGGAAGAAAAUAACCUGAAACACCGAUUCAUUAAGUGUCAUUAUGGUUAUUUUUCUCUUUUUUUCUCACGCAUCAUCAUCAACCUUUGCUUAGUAAUUAUCGCCUGUGAUUGAAGUUAUGGUCACUAUAUGGGUAAAAACAAGGACAUUCUUUACUAUCCUCAUUACUGCAAGACUCCGUUAUUAAAUUCAUUGAGAAAAAUAAUGUGACAAAUAUAGACUUACAGAAGUGAAAGAAUAAUUUGUGAAGAAAAAGGAAUGUAACAAAGAAAUCAACGCUUGAGAAUCAAGGAGAAAUUAAGGACUUAUAUCAUCUUUUGUGAAGAGAUAAAAAACAAAGACAAGAGAAGCAAAGAAUAAACACACGUUGAUAGAUGAAAAGGACGGAGAUAUGAAAAGAUAACGAAAGAGAGACACCAUACAAACAGAAAGAAGAAAACAUCCAUUAUUAUUAUUACGUCUUUAUCAUCGCCAAAUAUCGGACAGUUGUUCGCGAAGGUUCUCAUUGCCUGACGUGAAACCGUGAGAAAAAGGCGACCUCGAUAUUAUUCAAGAAAAAAGAGGAAGAGAGAGAGAGAGAGAGAAAGAAACGAAGAUGGUGGAGAAGCGAAGCCGAAAAUUCGAACGAAGCCUUAGCAGAAUAUCGAAUGAUGCAGCAGCGACAGGGGACACACCAGCCCCCACGGAGCAGCCACCCUACAGCCAAGGGUGCCUGGAGGAGGAGAACGAGAUGGCGAUGGCAGCGCCCUUCAAGCAGGUGGUGGUCGGGAUCUGCGCCAUGGAGAAGAAGUCCCACUCCAAGCCCAUGAAGGAGAUCCUCUCCCGCCUGGAGGAGUUUGAAUUCCUCCGACCAGUUAUCUUUCCUGAGGAUGUCAUUCUUAAGGAGCCUGUUGAAAAAUGGCCCAUAUGCGACUGCCUCAUCAGCUUCCACUCAAAGGGCUUCCCAUUGGAGAAGGCGCAGGCAUAUACAGAUCUGCGAAAGCCUUAUGUCAUCAAUAACCUUGAUAUGCAGUAUGACCUUCAGGACAGAAGAAAAGUUUACCAGACAUUGCAAAGAGAAGGCAUUGAGCUUCCAAGAUUUGCAAUUCUAGACAGAGAUUCAAAAGAUCCUUCAAAGCGGGAGCUAAUUGAAGGUGAAGAUCAUGUAGAAGUCAAUGGCAUCAUCUUUAACAAGCCCUUCGUGGAGAAGCCUGUCUCUGCCGAGGACCACAACAUCUACAUCUACUAUCCCACCUCUGCGGGUGGGGGUUCUCAGAGACUAUUCAGGAAGAUUGGUUCAAGAAGCAGUGUUUAUUCACCCGAAAGCAGAGUAAGAAAAACUGGAUCUUAUAUAUAUGAAGACUUUAUGCCAACAGAUGGAACAGAUGUUAAGGUAUACACAGUUGGACCAGAUUAUGCCCAUGCAGAGGCAAGAAAAUCUCCAGCACUAGAUGGAAAAGUGGAGAGAGACAGCGAGGGAAAGGAAGUGCGAUACCCUGUAAUACUAUCCAAUGCAGAGAAGUUGAUUGCGAGAAAAGUGUGUCUUGCAUUCAAGCAGACUGUCUGUGGAUUUGAUCUCUUGAGAGCAAAUGGCAAAUCCUAUGUUUGUGAUGUGAAUGGGUUCAGCUUUGUCAAGAAUUCUAGCAAGUAUUAUGAUGAUUGUGCGAAGAUCCUUGGCAACAUGGUACUCAGGGAGUUGGCACCAACAUUCCACAUACCUUGGGCCAUUCCCUUCCAGCUAGAUGAUCCACCAAUAGUGCCAACAACCUUUGGGAAGAUGAUGGAGCUCAGGUGUGUGGUGGCUGUGAUCAGACAUGGUGACAGAACACCGAAACAGAAGAUGAAAAUGGAAGUGAGACACCCAAAGUUUUUUGAACUCUUCGCCAAAUAUGAUGGCUACAAAGAUGGACACAUCAAGUUAAAAAAACCCAAGCAGCUACAAGAAGUAUUGGACAUUGCUAGAGCUUUGCUAGCGGAGAUCGAGCAGAACCGAGCAGACCCAGAGACGGAAGAGAAGAAGGGGAAGCUGGAGCAAUUGAAGAGUGUCUUGGAAAUUUUUCUAGAGGAUCUCAAGUUUCAAGAGGAACAGCUUGGCUCUAUUACGUAUGGUCACUUUUCGGGCAUCAACAGGAAAGUCCAGUUGAAAUAUCAGCCGCAGGGAUGGAAGAGAAGGUCCAGUAGUGAAGAAGGAGACUCCCCCAAAGAACCAUCUCUUGUUCUUAUUUUGAAGUGGGGAGGAGAAUUAACUCCAGCAGGCCGCAUUCAGGCUGAGGAAUUGGGGCGAAUCUUCCGCUGCAUGUAUCCAGGAGGCCAAGGUGAGUAUGCUGGAACACAAGGACUAGGUCUCCUGCGCCUCCACUCAACAUACCGCCAUGACCUCAAGAUCUACGCCAGUGAUGAGGGGCGUGUCCAGAUGACGGCAGCUGCUUUUGCCAAGGGUCUGCUUGCUCUGGAGGGAGAACUUACACCUAUACUUGUCCAGAUGGUUAAGAGUGCUAAUACCAAUGGCCUUCUUGACAAUGACUGUGACUGUUAUAAACAUCAACAUAUGGUGAAGAACCGUCUCCAUGAGGCCAUGCAGCAAGAUUGCGACCUCACACAAGAGGCCAUGGAGAAGCUCAAUCCCACCAAUUCAAGGUCCAUCUCAACAGCACUCGAGUUCAUCCAGAACCCAGUCAGGAUGUGUGAACAUGUUGACUCUCUUAUUAAGAAGCUUAAUGAACGGAUAAAGAUAAGAAAAGAAGAUCAGAAGACUAAAGACUUACCUCUCUACCAUGGUGAGACUUGGGAGCUGAUGCAACGAAGAUGGACUAAACUUGAAAAAGAUUUCCGGACAAAAAACACAAACUUUGACAUUUCCAAAAUUCCUGACAUUUAUGACUGCAUCAAGUAUGACCUUCAACACAACCAUCACACACUUCAAUUUGAGUAUGCAGAAGAGCUUUACAAGUGUGCUAAAUACUUAGCAGAUGUUGUUGUCCCUCAGGAAUAUGGCAUGACUCAGCAAGAGAAAAUGGCAAUUGGCCAGGGCAUCUGCACUCCCUUGUUGAAAAAGAUCCGAGCUGAUUUGCAGCGGAACAUCGGGGGGGAGGAGAGCGAGGGCUACCAAGGAGAGAGUAUCAAUAGGUUAAAUCCAGUGUAUUCCCGUGGAGUGAGCAGCCCGGGUCGUCACGUGCGAACGAGACUCUACUUUACUAGUGAGAGUCACAUUCACUCGCUCCUUACAGUUCUUAGAUUUGGUGGACUAAUAGAUAGCAAGAAAGAUGAGCAGUGGCAUCGAGCCAUGGACUAUGUAGGUGCUGUAUCAGAGCUGAAUUACCUGAGCCAGAUUGUCAUAAUGCUGUACGAAGACCCAACCAAGGAUCCAACCUCUGAUAGCAGAUUUCAUAUAGAGCUACACUUCAGUCCAGGAGUUAACUGUUGUGUAGAUAAAAACUUGCCACCUGGACCCGGUUUCAGACCCAAGAGCAGAAAUGAACCUCCAUUAUCACCAAAGGCAGAAGAGGAAAUGAGAAGAGCCAAAGCUGCUUUGUGCAUAGAUGAGGAAGUCGACCUGCAAAGCAUUCUCGAAGAAAUGGCAGAGAAAAAUAAGGAGAUGGAGAAAAGUGAAGACGGAUACAAGGAUAAUGAGGAUGAGGAUGACGACAAUGAUAAGGAUAUGGACAAAGACAGGUUCAGUGAAAGUGUAGGAAGUCCCCAGGGUAGUCUUUCGCAGACGCCCACUUCAUUUACGCCAACUUUAGGACCAAAAGUAGACCACCAGAAGGAAAUUUUUUUGACGCCUGCAACUAGUAAUGAACUGGAGAAAUAUGAAGACUUUCCAAGUGGUUCCUUACAGCCAGAAGGAUUAGAUGUACCAGAUGAUGACACGAGAUUGGGAAAUAAAUCUGAACCUAUACUUAUUACUAACAGGUCACAUUCUGACUGUGGGCUGGUACCUGUGGAGCUGCGCAGACCCUAUCCAAUCUUACGGUCUCUGUCUGACAGUGCUGCCUCUUGCCACUGCUCUGCCGAGUCCCUGGUCCGACCCAGGUCUGUGGAGACAGAUAAUGGACUUAACAUUGAGAGUACCUACAAAACUGAUAAAGGCAGCUCCAGUCUAGACUCUGUCAGUGAUGAAGAAAGCCUGCGCCGGCAUCGCCACAGCAUCCCAGGCCAUCUCAGCUCCUAUCUGAGUUUUCUUACAAGUCUGCAACAGAAGGCUGCUGCCAUUGUGACACCUGCAGUCCCUGUCUUCUCCACUGCUGUCAUAUCAGGGUCUACUUCCUCUCCUGACCUUCGGGAUAAUUUCACUGGUCUCUCCUUCUCGUCCAAUAUAGAAGGGUUAGGAGGUGUACCUCCAAUCAGGCCCCUGGAAACUCUACACAAUGCUCUCUCCUUGAAGCAGCUGGAUGCUUUCCUAGAACACAUGGCCCUUGCACAGUUCCGUACGCCACUUUCAUCACCACCAAAGAUGCCCUCGACCCCCAAACAGUCAAGAUCACAGCCUCCUCCUCUAGGGUUACAGUCCCCCUCGUCUAGUAUUGGCUGGUCUGGACCCCCCUCCUUCGUGUCGUCUUCUGGCCCCUCCUCCCCCAACCUCACCACACUGGAGUUCUUCUCACAUGUGCACCAAUGCUACGACACCUACAUGCCACCAUCAUCCUCUCCAUCACCACAGCUUCUAUUGCCCUUAAAUCUCCACUCUACCAACACUGCCAAUACAACUGCCACCACCACUGCCAUAUCUAGUGAGCUCACUACUCACCUUUCUUCCUCUAUCACUAAAGCUUUCAAUACUACUGGCUUUGUGGCACUUCCUAUGCCUCCCACUUCUACUACAGAUAGUGGUGAAAAAACUUCUCUCAUUGAUGUUGCUGUUACAACAGCCACAGUAGUAGAGAAUUUUGCUGAUAUUUCUUCUUUUUGUGAGAAGGAAGAGGCAUUAUAUGCCUCCUUCUCUGAAAGUAGUGCAGGGGAAUUUUUUGACUGUGAAGGUGACAUGGGUACUGCCUCGGCAGUUCUUCCAUGGGAGGGAAGUUGUCCUGCUUCACCCUCUGAAGAGUCAGAGAGUCUAGGGUCACACUCUCAAACAGAGAUGGGAUCUGUUAUUGAACGUGGAGACACAGCCACCCCAGAUACUCAUAGUGAAGCCCAAGAGCAAGAGUCACUUAGUAGUGAGAAAUUCACUGUAGAGGAUGAGACUUUGCUACAGAUAUGAAUUGAGAUUGUAGCUUCUGGCUAAUUACUGUUAAUUCCUGCUCUGUUUUAGCAACUGAAAGGUAUAUGAACAUUUUUCAACAAUAUUUGCAUUUAGAUUCAGGAAAAAGGGCAUAAUCCUUCUUUCUUAUAGGUACUGUCUUGGCCCCCAGAGUUACAGGAAUAUUGUACAGUAUUCUUUUGCUUUGUCUUUUUCACCGGCAGGAAAUGAAUUCACUCAUUAAUAUGUAUAGUUAAUUUAUUUGAAUUUACCACAGUACAUGGUAUAUCCUCAUAGCUUAUACAAAUCGUAA